AGCAGCAGCAGCAGCGGCGGCGGCGGCGGCGGCGCCCGGCCCUGGCGCAUUCCCCGCCGCAGCCGCCGCGUACCCGUCACCGUAACCCGGAGCCGUUUGGUCUUUGCAGAAUGGCCCGCUUCGGGGACGACAUGCCCGCGGCCCGCUACGGCGGAGGAGGCGCCGGGGCGGCCGGCGGGACGGUGGUGGGCGCCGUUGGCGGCGGCGGCGGCGGCGGGCGAGGCGCGGGGGGCAGCCGGCCGGCCGGGCAGCCCGGGGCGCAAAGGAUGUACAAGCAGUCGAUGGCGCAGCGGGCGCGCACCAUGGCCCUGUACAACCCCAUCCCCGUGCGCCAGAACUGCCUGACGGUCAACCGCUCGCUCUUCCUCUUCAGCGAGGACAACGUGGUGAGGAAAUACGCCAAAAAGAUCACCGAAUGGCCUCCCUUCGAAUACAUGAUCCUGGCCACCAUCAUCGCCAACUGUAUCGUCCUGGCUCUGGAGCAGCACCUGCCAGACAAUGACAAGACCCCGAUGUCAGAGAGAUUGGAUGACACAGAACCCUAUUUCAUCGGGAUCUUUUGCUUCGAGGCCGGAAUCAAGAUAAUUGCGCUGGGCUUUGCCUUCCACAAAGGAUCCUACCUGAGAAAUGGCUGGAACGUUAUGGACUUUGUGGUGGUGCUUACGGGCAUCCUGGCAACUAUUGGGGCCGAGUUCGACCUGCGGACACUGCGGGCCGUGCGGGUGCUGCGGCCACUCAAGCUGGUAUCUGGGAUCCCAAGCCUGCAGGUGGUGCUGAAGUCGAUCAUGAAGGCGAUGAUCCCGCUGCUGCAAAUUGGCCUCCUGCUGUUUUUUGCAAUCCUUAUUUUUGCAAUCAUAGGCUUAGAAUUUUAUAUGGGGAAAUUUCAUACCACCUGCUUCAGUGAGAGCACAGAUGACAUUGAGAGUGAGUCUCCGGCUCCAUGCGGGACAGAGGAGCCUGCCCGCACUUGCCCUAAUGGCACCAAGUGCCAGCCCUACUGGGAAGGGCCCAACAACGGGAUCACUCAGUUCGACAACAUCCUGUUCGCCGUCCUCACGGUUUUCCAGUGCAUCACCAUGGAAGGCUGGACAGACCUCCUCUAUAAUAGCAACGAUGCCUCAGGGAACACUUGGAAUUGGUUGUACUUCAUCCCUCUCAUCAUCAUUGGCUCCUUUUUUAUGCUGAACCUUGUGCUCGGUGUGCUUUCAGGGGAGUUUGCCAAAGAAAGGGAGAGGGUAGAGAACCGAAGGGCUUUUCUCAAGCUCCGGCGGCAACAGCAGAUUGAGCGAGAACUCAAUGGGUACAUGGAGUGGAUCUCAAAAGCAGAAGAGGUGAUCCUCGCCGAGGAUGAGACAGAUGGGGACCAGAGACAUCCCUUUGAUGUUGGAGCUCUGCGGAGAGCCACGAUCAAGAAAAGCAGGACGGACCUGCUGAAUCCCGAGGAGGCCGAGGACCAGCUGGCUGACAUCGCCUCCGUGGGCUCUCCCUUCGCCCGAGCCAGCAUUAAAAGUGCCAAGCUGGAGAACUCUACCUUUUUCCACAAAAAGGAGAGGAGGAUGCGUUUCUACAUCCGCCGCAUGGUCAAAACUCAGGCCUUCUACUGGACCGUGCUCAGCCUGGUUGCCCUCAACACGCUGUGUGUGGCCAUUGUCCACUACAACCAGCCCGAGUGGCUGUCGGACUUUCUCUACUAUGCAGAAUUCAUUUUCCUAGGACUCUUUAUGUCCGAAAUGUUUAUAAAAAUGUACGGGCUUGGGACGCGGCCUUAUUUCCACUCCUCCUUCAACUGCUUCGACUGUGGGGUCAUCAUUGGGAGCAUCUUCGAGGUCAUCUGGGCUGUCAUCAAACCUGGCACUUCCUUCGGCAUCAGCGUGUUACGGGCCCUCAGGUUACUGCGGAUUUUCAAAGUCACAAAGUACUGGGCAUCUCUCAGGAACCUGGUCGUGUCUCUGCUCAACUCCAUGAAGUCCAUCAUCAGCCUCUUGUUUCUGCUCUUUCUCUUCAUCGUGGUCUUCGCCCUGUUGGGGAUGCAGCUCUUCGGCGGUCAGUUUAAUUUCGACGAAGGGACGCCCCCCACCAACUUCGACACCUUCCCAGCAGCAAUCAUGACGGUGUUCCAGAUCCUGACGGGCGAGGACUGGAACGAGGUCAUGUACGACGGCAUCAAGUCGCAGGGCGGCGUGAAGGGCGGCAUGGUCUUCUCCAUCUACUUCAUCGUCCUCACGCUCUUCGGCAACUACACGCUCCUCAAUGUGUUCCUGGCCAUCGCGGUGGACAAUCUCGCCAACGCCCAGGAGCUCACCAAGGACGAACAGGAAGAAGAGGAGGCGGCCAACCAGAAGCUGGCGCUGCAGAAGGCCAAGGAGGUGGCAGAAGUGAGCCCGCUGUCGGCCGCCAACAUGUCCAUCGCCGUGAAGGAGCAGCAGAAGAACCAGAAGCCGGCCAAGUCGGUGUGGGAGCAGCGCACGAGCGAGAUGCGCAAGCUGAACCUGCUGGCCAGCCGCGAGGCGCUCUACAGCGAGCCCGACCCGGACGAGCGCUGGAAGGCGGCCUACGCGCGCCACCUGCGGCCCGACGUCAAGACGCACCUGGACCGGCCGCUCGUGGUGGACCCGCAGGAGAACCGCAACAACAACACCAACAAGAGCGGCGCGGCCGAGCCGGCCGCCGACCCGCACGCGCGCCUGGGCCCGCAGCGCGCCGACGACUUCCCGCGCAAGCCGGGCCGCUACCACGAGCGCGCGCGCGAGCCCGGCUGGCCCGAGCCGCACGACGCCGCGCCGAGCCGCGAGGGGCCCUACGGCCGCGAGUCGUCCGACCCGCACCUGCGCGAGGCCGGCCUCGAGCCGCCCGGCUUCUGGGAGGCCGAGCCCGAGCGGCCGCCCAAGCCCGCCGACGCGCACCGCGCGCGCCACGCCGCCCGGCGCCAGGGCCCGGCCGGCGGCCGCGACAGCCGCGGCGGCUCCCCGCGCGCCGGCGCCGACGGCGAGCCCCGCCGGCACCGGCCCCACCGGCGGCCGGGCGACGACGGCGCCGACGACAAGGCGGAGCGCCGCGCGCGGCACCGCGAGGGCAGCCGGCCGGCCCGCGGCGGCGAGGGCGAGGCGGACGGCCCGGACGGCGGGGGCGGCGAGCGGCGGCGGCGGCACCGGCACGCGCCCCCGGGCCCCGCCUACGACACGGACGCGCGCCGGGACGACCGCGAGCGGCGGCACCGUCGGAGGAAAGACAACCAGAGUUCUGGGAUGCCUGUGUCCGGCCCCAACCUGUCGACCACACGGCCGAUCCAGCAGGACCGUGGUCGCCCUCAGGAACCGCCGCUGGCUGAGGCCAUCGACAACAUGAAGAAUAACAAACUGGCUACGGCCGAGUCUCCCAGCCCCCACGACAGCCUGGGCCCCCCGGGCCUGCCCCCCAGCCCCGCCAAGAUGGCCAACAGCAUGGACCCUGCACUGGGCCUGCCUGCCAACGCCCCACAUGCGGCUGGCCGCCGGGUCCCCAACAACCCGGGGAACCCAUCCAACCCUGGCCCCCCCAGGAACCCCGAGAACAGCCUUAUCGUCACCAACCCCAGCAGCGCCCAGACCAACUCAGUGAAGACUGCCAGGAAGCCCGAGCACACGGCCGUGGACAUCCCCCCGGCCUGCCCACCCCCCCUCAACCACACGGUCGUGCAAGUGAACAAGAACGCCAACCCAGACCCACUGCCAAAAAAGGAGGAGGAGAAAAAAGAGGAGGAGGAUGGUGGGGAGGAUGGCCCCAAGCCCAUGCCCCCUUACAGCUCCAUGUUCAUCCUCUCCACCACCAACCCCCUCCGCCGCCUGUGCCAUUACAUCCUGAACCUGCGCUACUUCGAGAUGUGCAUCCUCAUGGUCAUCGCCAUGAGCAGCAUCGCCCUGGCCGCCGAGGACCCGGUGCAGCCCAACGCGCCCAGGAAUAACGUGCUGCGGUAUUUUGACUACGUUUUUACAGGCGUCUUUACCUUUGAGAUGGUGAUCAAGAUGAUCGACUUGGGCCUCGUGCUGCACCAGGGUGCCUACUUCCGUGACCUCUGGAACAUUCUGGACUUCAUAGUGGUCAGUGGGGCUCUGGUGGCCUUUGCCUUCACGGGCAACAGCAAAGGAAAAGACAUCAACACCAUUAAGUCCCUCCGAGUCCUCCGGGUGCUCAGACCCCUGAAAACCAUCAAGCGGUUGCCAAAGCUCAAGGCCGUGUUCGACUGCGUGGUGAACUCGCUCAAGAACGUCUUCAACAUCCUCAUCGUGUACAUGCUCUUCAUGUUCAUCUUCGCCGUGGUGGCCGUGCAGCUCUUCAAGGGCAAGUUCUUCCACUGCACCGACGAGUCCAAGGAGUUCGAGAAGGACUGCCGCGGCAAGUACCUGCUGUAUGAGAAGAAUGAGGUGAAGGCCCGGGACCGUGAGUGGAAGAAAUAUGAGUUUCACUACGACAACGUGCUCUGGGCUCUGCUCACGCUCUUCACCGUGUCUACGGGCGAAGGCUGGCCCCAGGUCCUCAAGCACUCGGUGGAUGCCACGUUCGAGAACCAGGGCCCGAGCCCUGGGUACCGCAUGGAGAUGUCCAUCUUCUACGUCGUCUACUUCGUCGUCUUCCCUUUCUUCUUCGUCAACAUCUUUGUGGCCCUCAUCAUCAUCACCUUCCAGGAGCAGGGAGAUAAGAUGAUGGAGGAGUACAGCCUGGAGAAGAACGAGAGAGCCUGCAUUGACUUCGCCAUCAGUGCCAAGCCACUGACACGCCACAUGCCACAGAACAAGCAGAGCUUCCAGUACCGCAUGUGGCAGUUCGUGGUGUCCCCGCCGUUCGAGUACACCAUCAUGGCCAUGAUCGCGCUUAACACCAUUGUGCUCAUGAUGAAGUUCUACGGGGCCUCACCCGCCUAUGAGAACGCCCUCCGGGUCUUCAACAUUGUGUUCACGUCCCUCUUCUCCCUGGAGUGUCUGCUCAAGGUCAUGGCUUUCGGGAUCCUGAACUACUUCCGUGAUGCCUGGAACAUCUUCGACUUCGUGACGGUCCUGGGCAGCAUCACGGACAUUCUCGUCACAGAGUUCGGGGUGAGUAACAACUUCAUCAACUUGAGUUUCCUCCGCCUCUUCCGCGCUGCCCGGCUCAUCAAACUCCUUCGUCAGGGUUAUACCAUCCGCAUUCUCCUCUGGACCUUUGUACAGUCCUUCAAGGCUCUGCCCUAUGUGUGCCUGCUAAUCGCCAUGCUGUUCUUCAUCUACGCCAUCAUUGGGAUGCAGGUGUUUGGCAACAUCGGCAUUGAUGGGGAGGACGAGGAGAGCGAGGACGACGAUUUCCAAAUCACUGAGCACAAUAACUUCCGGACCUUCUUCCAGGCCCUCAUGCUUCUCUUCCGGAGUGCCACCGGGGAGGCGUGGCAUACCAUCAUGCUGUCCUGCCUCAGUGGGAAGCCCUGUGACAAGAACUCAGGCAUCACGACCCAGGACUGCGGCAAUGAGUUCGCGUACUUCUACUUCGUGUCCUUUAUCUUCCUCUGCUCCUUCCUGAUGCUGAACCUCUUCGUGGCUGUCAUCAUGGACAACUUUGAGUAUCUCACCCGUGACUCGUCCAUCCUGGGCCCCCACCACCUGGAUGAAUAUGUGCGCGUGUGGGCCGAGUACGACCCAGCUGCAUGGGGCCGCAUGCCAUACCCGGACAUGUAUGAGAUGCUGAGACACAUGUCCCCGCCCCUCGGGCUGGGGAAGAAUUGUCCGGCCCGCAUGGCCUACAAGCGACUGCUCCGCAUGGACUUGCCCGUGGCCGACGAUAACACGGUGCACUUCAACUCCACACUCAUGGCCCUCAUCCGCACCGCCCUGGACAUUAAGAUCGCCAAGGGCGGCGCGGACAAGCAGCAGAUGGACGCGGAGCUGCGCAAGGAGAUGAUGGCCAUUUGGCCCAACCUGUCCCAGAAGACCCUGGACCUGCUCGUCACCCCGCACAAGUCCACGGACCUGACGGUGGGGAAGAUUUACGCGGCGAUGAUGAUCAUGGAAUACUACCGGCAGAGCAAGGCCAAGAAGCUGCAGGCCAUGCGCGAGGAGCAGAACCGGACGCCUCUCAUGUUCCAGCGCAUGGAGCCGCCGUCGCCAACUCAGGAAGGGGUCCCCGGGCCCAAUGCCCUCACAUCCGGCCAGCUGGAGCCCGGUGGCCUGAUGGGACAGGAGUGUGGCCUCAAGGACAGCCCGUCCUGGGUCACCCAGCGGGCCCAGGAGAUGUUCCAGAAAGCGGGGACGUGGAGCCCAGAACGGGGACCCCCCGACAUGCCCAACAGCCAGCCCAACUCUCAGUCGGUGGAGAUGCGGGAGAUGGACCACGACGGCUACUCGGACAGCGAGCACGGGGUCCCUGGCGAUGGCCAGGCCCGCGCCGCCUCCAUGCCCCGCCUGCCCGCAGAGCACCAGAGGCGAAGGGGCCGGCCACGUGGGAAUGACCUCAGUACCAUCUCGGACAGUAGUCCCAUGAGGCGCUCGGCGUCCGUGCUGGGCCCCAAGGCACGGAGGCUCGACGACUACUCGCUGGAGCGGGUCCCGCCGGAGGACGCGCAUCACCGGCCCCGACCCCGCGGGGAACGCGGCCACCGCGCCUCGCAGCGCUCUCUGGGCCGCUUCACCGACGUGGACACAGGCUUGGGCACCGACCUGAGCGUCACCACGCAGUCGGGCGACCUGCCCCCGAAGGACCGCGAGCAGGAGCGGGGCCGGCCUCGGGACCGCAAGCACCGGCACCACCACCACCACCACCACCACCCGGGCCCCGACAAGGAGCGCCACGGCCCCGAGCGCCCCGAGCAGCACAGCCGGGCCCGGGCCCGGGAGCAGCGCUGGUCCCGCUCGCCCAGCGAAGGCCGCGAGCACAUGGCGCACCGGCAGGGCAGUAGUUCCGUCAGCGGCAGCCCAGCCCCCUCUACGUCCGGCACCAGCACCCCGCGGCGGGGGCGCCGCCAGCUGCCCCAGACCCCCUGCACGCCGCGGCCCCGUGUGUCCUACUCGCCGGUCGUCCGUAAGGCGGGCGGCGCGGGCCCCGCGCUGCAGCAGCCGCCGACGGCGCGGCCGGCCCGGGCGCUGCCCAGCGGCCCGCGCAGGUACCCGGGGCCCGGCGCCGACCCUGCGGCCGCCGAGCGCUCGGCCACAGCGGGCGGCGGCAGCAGCCGCUCCCCCGGGCUGGAGCGGCGCGGCCCGGGCCGCAGCGAGUCGCCCCGCGCCUGCCGGCACAGCGGCUCGCGGUGGCCCGGGAGCGAGGCGCACGCGCCCGACGGGGCGCCCCGGCGCGACCAUGGCGGCUACUACCGCGGCUCCAACUACGACGAGGCCGACGGGCCUGGCGGUGAGGACGAGCCGGUGCUGGGGCCGCCCCCCGGCGCGCGGCACGCGGGCCCCGGUGCGCCCCCGCACUCGCCCAGGACUCCCCGGGCCGCGGGGCGACAGUGCGCGCCCCCUGCCCGGCCCGGCCGGAGACUCCCCAACGGCUACUACCCGGCGCACGGACUGGCCCGGCCGCGGGGCCCCGCCGCCCGCAAAGGGCUGCGCGAAGCCUACAGCGAAACGGACGACGAUUGGUGCUAAGCCCGGGCCAGGCGAGCCCCCCGCGCCUGCCCGGCCCCCCAACACGCACCCCACGCACACGGCUCCCUGCGGGGGAGAGCCGCGCACAGCCCCGCGCGCGCGCGGGAGGGUCCCCCGCCCCGGCCGGGCGCCCCUCCGUGGACGGGGCCCGCCCGAGGUCCGGCCGUCCACCCCUCCAUCUCCCCGGACUCUGGAGGGACCAGGGAAGAGAUGGGGCGCGCACCGGGGUGACCCCCCCAGACGAGACUGGACUGAGCAAUAACAGCGGGAUGGGGAGGUGGGGGGUGGAAUCAAUCGGCCUCCCUAACCCCAAAUCCAGCCCUGAGCAACCGCCCCCCCCAACCACCACGACGGUGGGGAGCAGAGGGGCGACUUGGUGGACCCUGGGGUGGGGGUGGGGGCCAAUGCUGACAAGCCACCCAGCCUAGGGGUUCGAAUUAACUCAGCCAUUUUUGGAGAACCUUUGGGGGGAAUCAAAACAACAGAAAAGCAACCAAAAAACAAACAAACAAACAAACAAAAACAACCAAAAAAAGCAUUUUUAAAAGAAAAAAACGGGGAGAAAAAACACACAUUUGCUUCUAUUGAUGAGUUUUAUCAUCUCAAUUGAGUCUGUCCUUACCUGGUGACUCGCUGGUGGCCCGCGAGGUGGAGAAGCCGAAACGCAGGUGCAGGGAUCCUCUGAGACGCCCCCGGACCCCAAUCUCUCUUCUCAGACACAGAGUGCUUGCUGGUUAAACCAAACCCUACUAUUUACUGCCUGCAGAAAUCAAUCUAACAACAACAAAUAAACCAUUUGAAAAAGGACAAAAAAAAAUUAACGAUUGAGAAAAGAAGCAUUUUUUCCUGACAUUUGGUCCUGCUUGAAAUAACAAAAUAAAAAUUAAAAAAAAAAAACAGACACAAAAA